GAUAAAUUUGCAUGCCAACGAUCUGGGAGUUUAGCCUCUGACGACGAUACCAAUUGACGAUUUAAACUCACACACUGGGCUUUUUAGCCAGCUGGAACUGGGAACGGAAAUUACGUCAGAUUGCAAUGUUUUUGUUUUACAAUGGACGCGGUUUUGUCAUUCUACUAAUUGAAAUAUUGCUGCUGAUAUUGAGCGAUGACAAUGGACGUCUGACCAAGGAGCCGACAACAGUUGCUGCCACACAACAGAAAAACACAACCACACCGAAGCCAUCUCUACAGAUUAAAAAGCAUCCUGUAACAAGACUGACAAUUACCAAGCUACACACACCAUACUUUUUGCCAUGCCAGCCUCUGGUUCACCCCGAUGAAUACUAUCAGAAUAAUGCCUUCUUCUGCACCUGGUAUCGGAACGACGAGGCCAUCGAGCACUUGUCGAUACGCAAAAACGAUUUCUUCAUCUACAAAAAUGGCACGCUGCGCCUGCCCCCCAACGAGCGUGCCAGCGGCGUCUAUCAUUGCAAAAUCGAAUCCGAUGAGGUGGCCGUAAUCUCCGAUAGCGUGACGGUCGAAUAUCCAGUGCUCAAGCGCCUGACCCCCGGCUCACAGGUGAGCGCCAACAUCAGUGCUUAUGAGGGACAGCCCCUGGCCUUACACUGUCCCAUGUACAGUGUGCCCGCGGCCCACAUCAGCUGGUACUUUGGCAACGAGUCGCUGGCCAAUGACAACAGUGUGCUCAUAUUGGCAAAUGGAACGCUGAUACUCCGCCAGCUGAGACUCGAGCAUGCAGGCAAAUACAAAUGCGUGGCGCUCAACCAAUUUGCCAACAAGGGCCAUCGCCAGUACGUGUGGACGCUGUGGAUCGAGUCGAGUGGUCAGCCGCCCGUUUCGGCAGCGCAGCUAUUGCCAGAGCUGCAGAAUGCCACCCAGUAUGUGCCGACUAGUGGUUCACUUGUGCUGCAAUGCCGUGCCGUGGCCGACUUUGUGGCCAUCGAGUGGUGGUUCCAGAACAGUAACAACACGCUGACCAAGCUGAGCAACAACAGUGUGUCCUAUGCCAUAAUCAAUGCCAGCAUGGUGCAACAUGAGGGCCACUAUACCUGCGUCACACCGCUGGACCGGCAAACGUUUCACGUGCUGGUGACCACAGCUCCGCGCAUUCUCAACACACUGCCCGUGGAGGUUGUGUCCAUUAGUUUACCCAUAACGCUUAGUUGUCGCGCCGAGGGCAAUCCGCGUCCCACACUCACCUGGUAUCACAAUGGUGCACAGCUCAAUAGUUCCUAUACACGCUAUAUUAGUAGCAACACUUUGGAAAUACAUUCCUUUGAUCCCGAGGAGGAGGGCAUCUACCAAUGCUUUGCUCGCAAUGUCGCCGGUGAGGACCACAUGACCGGCGAGAUACUCCUGAAACAGCAGCUGGAGCAGCCAAAUCCAUUACAGAAUAUUCGCUGCUACCCACACAGCUUUAACGCCAUCAAUGUGACCUUUGACAGUCGCAUUAUGGAGUCACUAUUUGUGGUUCAUAUUGUGCGCAGUAAUCCCCACAACUGGAGCUCAUUGCCACCAAUGAAGCUGAACCACACCUCGUAUGUGAUCAUCUCGAAUGCGUUGCCCGCCUAUCGUCCAUUUGCGCUGAUUACGCGCGUCCUCUUCCCCACCUCCGAGGUGCGGACGCGCACGCUGACUCAGCAACGAAUAUAUCAGAGCUCAUUGCGUAGUCCGCCGGUCACAUGCUGCACUCAAGGGCUGUUGCUGCUCUCCGUGCACAUUAAGAACGACACCUUUGUCUUCUGGUCACAGGCCGAGCUGGAAACGAAGAAAUACUUCAUCUUGCAGUUCUCCAUUAAUCACACGCAUCCGCAUCCCGAGCAGCUGCUGAAAUCCCCGCUCAUAGGCACCGUCGCGCCCGUCGACCUCAACGAGGAUAUAGUCCGACGCCAGUUGACAACCAUAGAGCCGCUAAAUCAAACGGCAGCCACCAACGUGCUGCGUAAUGCCGAGCACGAGGUACUGGACAACGAGGUGGACGACAUGGCUUUGGAAUUGGAGGAGGACAUAUUCAGUUUGGUGGUGGAUGCCAAUGUCACGGGCCUCCUUCUGCAGCACUUUACGCGCAUUAAGAUGCGUGUCCUCAUCAUCACUAGCGAAAACGAGUAUUUGGGUCAGGACUUUCGCUAUGUGCGCUGGAAGAUUAUCGAGAACAAUACCUCAGCUCAGUCGAGCAUGCCCUUUCGUCUGACCACCCGGGAGUCGCGAAUGUUGGCCUUUCAAUUUCAGGAUAGCUUCAAUGAUACUUGCGUCUAUGAAUGCCAUUUGCUCAUACAGAUGGCACUCAAACGGAAAGAGGAGCCCAAGUGCAAGGAGAGAACUAUUAUGAAUUCAAUAUUGUUGGUCAACGGACUCUUUGCCAACAACAGCUAUAAUUUCCAUUUUUACAAUUGUGAGAAUCACAUAUUCUAUGGACAGAUCGAUGUGAAGACCCUGCCUGAUCCACCCGGCACUAUAAACAACUCGCGUCUGAUAGUGGAGAAUGGUCUGAAGCUUGUUUGGGAUCCGCCAAAUCAGCCCAACGGUCAAAUACAUCAUUAUAAUAUAGUAUGGACGCUGGGAAAUGUGACACAUGAGACCAAUGUUUUCAAAUGUAAUCCCUGCAGCUACAAGUUUCCUAAUGUUUCGGAGACGGAUUUGAUUCAUGUGGCUGUGCGGGUGCUGGGUGACACAGGUGUGGGCGCGCCCAUGUACUUCGAUUUGACGAGGAACAAUCAUCACACGUUGGAACGCGAACGAUCCAGUUCUAAUUCGGAGGUCUAUAGCGGCAUUGCAAUUGGCUCCAUGCUGUCCCUCAUGUGUGUGUUUGGCUUUGCACUGUUCAUCAUCUUUCAGCGGCGCCGUUUUAAGGCGCGUCAGCAGGGACCCACACACCUGACGACGCCCACGGACAUUAAUUUCGGAAAUCUGAGCAACACGGUGAUGCCAGGCGACAGUGCUGGAGGGCUGAGUGGCAGCACGCUGCAGCAGGAUUGCCACGAGAUGCAGACGCUAAUUCCACGCUCUCGCUACCACAUCGAACUGCUGCCGGAGCACACGCUUGAGUAUCAGACAUCGACAUCGGCGGCGGCAGUAGCUGGAGCUUCCUCACAUCCGCUGCCCAAUGGCAAUGGCAAUGGCAAUAUACCAUCAGCACGUCGCCUGGAGCAGGAAUCGCAAAUGGGCAGCGAUGGUCACGAGCUCAGUAUUGCCGGUGUGCAUAAUUUGUCGCAAAUGCCGCUCUGCAGUGGCUCGCCGGAGGCGAAGAGUGCGCAGGAGGCGAUGCUGCACGAUGCCAAGGCCUUCUACAUACCCUAUCGCCAUACACCGCCAAAUGCUGUGGCGCUGCAGCCGGCCAGCAACAAGCAACAAAGUUCCUCGCUGCAUGCCAAUGGUGCUGAACUGGAGGUGGCCGUACCUCCCAGUUCGCUGCCACUGGUGUCCGCCAUGCCGGGUCUGGGGCUGGGCAGCAGCAGCGCCCGUCGCAGCUGCAGUUUAAGCAGCAGCAGCACCAGCAGCAGCAGCAAUGGCAGCAAGAAACAGUACCAUCAUACAAAUUUCCCCAAACAUUCCAAUUCCAAUGAUGGCAUCUGUUUGCUAGCCGAGGAGGAAUCGGCGGCCACACUGACGCCGACCUCGGAGCACGAAUAUGUUGGCGCCACACUGACCAAUGGUUUCAAAUUGCCCGCCGAUAUGACAACAACGAAUAACAAAAGCAGCAAGACGCUGGAGCAGCCAGUCAGCAAAUUGCAUUUCAGUCGCAACAACAACAGCAACAACAACAAUGGCAGCGGUCAGAAAGGCCAGACUGCCGUCACACAACUGAAGGAUCGCCAGCAGAGGCAGCAGCAGAACUCGUCGCAGCGCAGCAAACCGAUCUCGUUCAGCCACAACACAUCAUCCAUAGUUCCUGCCAACGGGCCACAAAAGCCACUUGUGGCCGUCAAUGCAACAAGCAAUGCAACAGCAUCAGCGACCGCAGCAGCAGCAGCAGCAACAACAUCAACAAUGUUGCAUGCCAAACAGCCGUGGCCAGCGACAACAUCGGUGCAUCGACGGGCCCAGGUGGACCCAAAUGGCUGAGUCAUGGCCCUUAACGACAUGACGGCACGCUGCAUAAGUAUUUUAUAAAGCUACUAAACACAUAAAAAUACACACACACUCACACACACUGUAACAUUCGCAGCUUGAAACAUUCCAAAACACACAUGCCAUCCAGUUUUAGGUACAGUCGAACUUAACUAAAACGAACUAAUUUCCUCCUCUAAUGAACCCAGAAUUCCUGACAGUACCUUUGGCCUGAUUUAUUUUUAUUUUAUUUUCGUAAUGUAAGAGGGUUAAGGGUCUACGACUCCAGCGAACAUACGCAUUGCAAAAUGUAUAGAUGAAAUAAUUCUGGAAUUAUUUCGAUUGUCGAACUAACUUCUUUUAAUUACUAUUAUUCUUAUGUGCUACAAAAAACACUUCGA